AUGGCCGAUGUCGAAGCACUUCGAUGUGUGUUCGACAAUGUAGUUCAGGUCGACCCCAUCCUGGCUGAGCCCAUGGGUAAGCGGUGGAAGCGCUAUGGAGGCCACUACGAUUCUUGGAUCGAUUCUUGCCUUACCAAACUGCAUGUGUUCAAUCUGUAUAAAUUAGGCUAUCAAAAAGUGGUCUUUGUCGACGCUGACGUUUUGGUGGUUGAUGAUCUCUUCGCGCGGGUGCUGACUGCUCCAGCGCCUUCUGGUAUAUGUAGCGACGAAGCGAACAAGCUGGAUGGUAAAGAAGGUCGCUUACGGGCUCUCAAGACUGGUGAUAAAGUACCCGCAGCAUCCCUGAGGAGAGCCUUGGCGUUAUCAUAUGGUAUGCGGGGUUGCCUCAUGGUACUACCCACUGGUGCCAAGCAUUUCCGAAAGUGCCUCGAUCGAGUGGCUGAGAAGGAGUCACAAAACGAUGGAUACGUUGGAA